AUGGAGACCCAACAGACCAGCACCAUCCAAGGGAUCUUCAGAGCUCAGUUAACAUCACUGACUCAACUGGAGCCUUGUCUCCUCCACCUUGUCUCCUCCACCUUGUCCUCCAGGGACGCCCUGGCGCCCUUCCUGAGGACCGAGGAGGCGCGGCUGCGGGUGGACGGCGGCGCCUUGCGCCCGUCCUUCCACUGCGUCCUCUGCGCUGCCACGUCUCCGGCCGUCAAGCAGCAGGAGGAGACGCUGACCUGAACCAAGGUACCGUUUUCUUUAAUGUUUUCAAAUGUAGGUCAGUCCUAUGAAAUCCGUCUGCUUAACAGAAAGCUAGUGGAGGAUUCAGAUAGAAGCAGCAGGUAUGUGAAGAGCGUCGUCCGCGUCGUGUUUCACGUCCGCCGGCUGCAGUACAUGGAGCACCAGCAGCUGGAGGGAUGGAGGUGGAACCGGCCCGGAGACCGGAUCCUGGACAUAGACGUUCCGCUGUCGGUCGGGAUCCUGGAGCCGCAUUCAGACCCGCUGCACCUCAACACCAUCCACUUCCUCUGGGAUCCCUCGAAGAACGCUUCCAUCUUCAUCCAGGUCCACUGCAUCAGCACCGAGUUCACCCCCAGGAACCACGGCGGGGAGAAGGGCGUCCCAUUCCGCAUCCACGUGGACUCCUUCGCCUCCAACGACCACGGGGAAUACGUGCAACACGUUCAUUCAUCCAGCUGCCAGGUCAAGGUCUUCAAGCCCAAAGGAGCCGACCGCAAGCUGAAGACAGACCGGGAGAAGAUGGAGAGGAAGACGCCUCAGGACCGGGACAAGUACCAGCUGUCCCAUGAGACCACCCAGCUGAAGGAGUGCUCCCAGUGGCCUGAAAGCUUGAACCUGAGCAGCAACAGCAGCGCUCCGUCACCCGGCUGCCUCGCCUCGCCCUGCGGCUUCACGGACGGCAACUGUUCUCCGAAGCAGCAGGCGGAGCUGUUCAUGCCUGGCGGCUCCGACCAUCUUCUGCCGUCGUCGUCGCCGCAGGAAGUUCAGCAGUGGCUGCAGCGCCACAGGUUCUCGCCUCUCUCUAGGCUCUUCUCCAGCUUCUCAGGAGCAGACCUGUUGAGGAUGAGCAGAGAGGAUCUGACCCAGAUAUGCGGUCCGGCUGACGGCAUCCGGCUCUUCAACACCGUGAAGGGAAGGUGAGGCGCCGAGAUGAGCUUCUUCACCCAGAGAUGUCGGAUAAAAACUCGUCACCUGGAGAAAUGACCGACAUUCCAAUCGAUACCUGGAAAACAUUUUCACAAUCCGUACAGUCCAACAGAACCCAACGGGUCCAAAUGUAAUCCCACCAGCCCGAUUGGAGCAUCUGUCGAAACAGUCCAUUUGUGGUUCCAUUUAGUCCAUAAAGAUUGAAACCUUUGGACCCAAUAGGUUCUAUUGGACCCAGUUUAGUCAGAUUCAGGCUGAAGCACAGAAACCACUCGCUUCUCAUGUGAGGAACCUCCAUGUGGCUUUGGGACCAGCUGGUCGGGUUUCACAUUAGACAUUUCCUUCCUGUGAAGGAAAAAAAGGAGAAUUAAAUAUCCUCCUUUCGCCAAGUCCCAAAAAAAUAAAACAUUCCAAAAGUAUCAACAGAAAGGUGGAUCUGGUGAAAACGGAGCAGCAGGGGGCCGACCCGACACAGGGCCGUCAAGCCCCUGCUACCAAAGGACAAUAAUCUACUGAAACAAAAGAGUCAAAAACAGGACAACCCGUCUCACCAGGACAAAAUGACCCAAAAACAAACAACUAACAAAAAUACCCAACAGCAGGCUGGACGACAUGCGGCCUGCAGCCGCUGGAAACGUGCGCGCCUCGUCAGGACGCAUUCUAGG